GCGUUUCAAACCGUACGUUGUCCCGGCUCUGCGCAAGUGGGUGACUACGGAGUACACUUGUCAUCAUAGCAGAGCUGAUUUGCUAGACUAGAUGCACAAAGCCCCAUUAUAACACUAUUGGGGUCAUUGGAUCAGGCCCAUCGAAUCCAGUCCAAUGAUAGCGUAUCUCAUCUGCUAAUCGCCGACAUCGGCUUGAUCGUCGCUGAGUCACAUCCCGGAACGGAACAACACUCUUCGACCCCGCCAUCACCGUAGGGGGCAAGUGUGUGUCAUAGGCCUGGUAGCUAUAAACUUACUUUCUUUUGCUGGAAAGUCUAGAAAUUAUUCCUUAACUCCUUAACUUCAAUUGCGUGCAACUUCCAAGAACAAACCACAAAAUCAUCAUGCCGUCCAACAAGAUCUGGCUGCGCGCUGAAACCAAGCCCGCUGAGGCUCGUUCCGCCUUGACUCCCACCACUUGCAAGGCUCUCAUUGACGCCGGAUAUGAGGUGACUGUUGAGCGCUCUACUCAGCGCAUCUUCGAUGAUGAGGAAUUUGCCAAGGUCGGAGCGCCUCUUGUCGAGGAGGGUUCAUGGGUUAAGGAUGCUCCUAAGGACGCCUACGUCCUGGGUCUCAAGGAGCUGCCCGAAGAUGAUUUUCCUCUUGAGCACGUUCACAUCUCUUUCGCACACUGCUACAAGCAGCAGGGUGGCUGGGAGAAGGUUUUGAGCCGGUGGCCCCGGGGUGGUGGUGUCCUGCUGGACCUCGAGUUCCUCCAGGAUGAAUCCGGACGCAGAGUAGCUGCUUUUGGAUGGUCUGCUGGUUAUGCUGGUUCCGCUUUGGCCGUCAAGAACUGGGCAUGGCAAUUGACUCACCCUGAGGGCGAGCCCCUGCAUGGAGAGGAACCCUAUGCCAACCAGGAUCUUCUGAUCAAGUCUGUCAAGGAGUCUUUGGAAGCUGGAAAGAAGCAGUCCGGCCGCUCCCCUAAGGUGCUUGUGAUUGGAGCUCUUGGUCGUUGUGGUAACGGCGCCGUGCAGCUGGCUAAGGAUGUUGGUAUCCCUGAGUCUGACAUCAUCCAGUGGGAUAUGGCGGAGACCAAGAAGGGUGGUCCUUUCAAGGAAAUCAUCGAAGACGCAGACAUCUUCGUCAACUGCAUUUACCUAUCUUCUCCCAUCCCUCCUUUCGUUACACCUGAAAGUCUCGCCACACCCAACCGCCGCUUGUCGGUCAUCUGCGACGUGAGCGCUGAUACCACGAACCCCCACAACCCUAUCCCCGUGUACAACAUCACAACUACCUUUGACAAGCCUACGGUACCUGUCACCCUGCCGGCUGGCACGCAGGGUCCUCCCUUGAGUGUGAUCAGUAUCGACCACCUGCCAUCUCUCCUGCCCCGUGAGAGUUCCGAGCAAUUCAGCCAGGCUCUGCUUCCCAGCUUGCUCCAGCUCAAGGACCGGGAGAAUGCCCGCGUCUGGAAGCAGGCCGAGGAUCUCUUCCAGGAGAAGGUCGCCACCUUGCCUGAAUCCUUCCGCGCACAGCUGACGAUUAGUAUUCCACUAGAGCUUCCGAGAAGCGAAACAGCGAUGCAGGAGAAGUCAACCACAGUCGCCGCAUAUGCGGCUGGGGCAUCUCUUGCGGCCGUCGCCCUGUUCUACGUUUUCGGACCUAAUUACACGAUCGAUGGAGAUGAGUCAAGCGACAGCGGUCGCAAGAAGAGUAUUGUUGGGUUGUCGAAUCCUGCCAAUGACUGCUUCAUCAAUUCCGUGCUGCAGGCCCUUGCCGGCCUUGGGGAGCUGCGAGUUUACCUGAUUAGAGAACUGCAUCGACGGGAGUUGGAUGGUCUCGAGAUCUACAGUCUCCUCCCACCAUUAGACGAGAUCCCACGCGAUGGGAAACCAGACAAAAUACGAGAAUUGCAGCAAGGGACCAUCACUAGGGCGCUCAAGGAGAUGCUGGAUCGCCUGAAUGAGCGUCCUAUAUACAAGAAAACGAUAUCUGCGCGACCAUUCAUUCAGUCACUCGAGUACGCUUACCGGACACGAAUUAGUCGGAGUCAACAGGACGCGCAGGAAUUCCUCCAAAUUGUAGCCGAGAGGCUCUGUGACGAAUACCACGCAGGAGUCAAGGCCCGACUGCGAGCGAAAGGCAUAGGCGAGCCUAACCAGGUCGCUGACUCGGAUAAUGAGCUUCCAGCGAAAAGCCCAACGGACAUCGAAGUGCGCAUCGAUGACGGAUCCCCAAAUGGUCUCCCAGCAAUCAUCGACACUAAGCUCAAGGAGAUUGAGAAUGAACACAGCUUUCCUUUCGAGGGAAAGCUCGAGUCUCAAAUCGAAUGCCAAUUUUGUCAUUACAAAUACAAGCCGAACCAGACGUCGUUCGUCAAUUUGACGCUGCAGGUUCCUCAGAAGAGCUCAACUACACUCAGCGCCUGUUUCGAUGGUCUACUCAAGACCGAGUAUAUCGACGACUUCAAGUGUGACCGGUGCCGACUGCAGCAUGCUCUAGAUAUCAAAAAGCAUGAUCUGACCAGGGCCCGCUCGGGUGAGGAAGGAAGAACACUCGAGGUGGAGAUUGAGCGCAUACAGACCGCCAUCUCCACAGAUCCCGAAGGUAGCUUAGAAGGGGUCAGUUUGCCCCCUUCAGAGCUUGCUCCAAAGCGAAAGAUCGCACGACACAUGCGGAUCGUCGCAUUUCCCAAGAUUAUUGCCAUUCAUCUUUCCCGCUCCAUCUUUGAUCAGAGCAGUUCAUCCAAGAAUGCUGCGAAGGUGUCUUUCCCUGAACGUCUUCCUUUAGGCGGUAUCUUGAGUCAGAAAUGGUACCGACUGCUAGCGAUUGUCAGCCACAAAGGUAGUCAUAACAGUGGACACUACGAGUCUUUCCGCCGUAACCAUCUUUAUGCCCCCUUUUCGACCCCCGAUGCAUUCAGCUCCUACGCGCAGAGUCGAGCAACCAGUGAGAAUCCUUCUGAGGCACCAAGUCCGAGGCUCGGAGCUCGUCAGUCUUCCGGGCGUGAGCCCUCUGCGCUCAGUAUCUCGACACCUUCAGAACCACCGAGUCACUCGUCGCAAUCUUCCCCAGCUCCUUCCCGCUCCACCUCAAGCAAAGAGUCUAAAGCAUCGUCCCAGUCGAACGCCCCCUUAUCGCCGACUACUCGUCCUACUACAUCGAGCUCGAGGCUUUCUUUCCAGAGCAACCGUUCUCGCUCAACAACAUCCAAGCCAAACCUGUCGCCUGUUUCUGAUCCACUCAGCCCAGCGAAUGAUGGUGGACGCUGGAGCAAGACCUUCUCGAGAACGUCUCUCACCAGUGAUCAAGGCACGCAGCCAACAACACAUACGGCAGAGACCUCAGUAGCUUCCAGCUUCCGGCACCGCCGUCGUCGCAAGCAAAAUGAUAGAUGGUGGCGCAUCUCCGACGAGAAGGUCAAGGAAUGUAAAACAUCGGAUGUUCUGGGCAUGCAGAAAGAGGUAUAUCUCUUGUUCUAUGAGUUGGAAAGGCCAAAUACUAGUGCAUAG